CUAAGGAAAGAAAACUAAUAUAAUGGAAAAGGAUGAUCAAAGUGAUAUCAUCCAGAAACUAAAGACAGCGAUACUAGACAAUGAUUCAGUGAGCCUCAAAGAAAUUCUUAGAUCUUCACCUGAGGUUUCAGACCUAACUGUAGAUGGAUUGCCUCUAAUACACUAUGUCUGCAAACACCCAGGAUCAAGUUGUGAUGUCAUACAGGCCAUUCUGCAGUCCAGCAGUGUCGAUGUCAACCAAUCAAGUGAUGAGGGAACACCAUUGCAAUUGGCCUGCAAGCAUGGAACAGAUCAGGUGGUACCAGUUUUGCUGGAUGCGGGGGCAUGGCUGGAAUCAGAAGAAGUGCCUAUUUAUGAUAACAACUCCCCCUUUUACCUAGCAUCAGCAUAUGGCCAUUAUGGAGUCAUAGAAAAGUUGUUUCUGUACCAGCCAAGUAUGUCUAAUAUACCAACACCACUGGAGUUGGUGAAGGAUCUGAGAGUAAGGACUUGUCUCCUGUAUGCAGCCUGUUUGGGUGGUAACCAGAGAAUCAUCCGACUAUGGCUGACCCCAGAAAUGGACAUCAAUCACCCCCCUUAUUACUGUCGCAGUGGCUCCUUUUCUAUGGACAAGACUCCCCUGUAUGCAGCUUGUGCUGGAAAUCAUCUGGAAGUGACAGAGUUGUUAGUGGGAUUUGGUGCAGAACUUACCCAAAAAAUCAUAGAAGAUUUCCCUGAGAUCUCGGGUAAACUGGUGAAGAACUGCAUCAGUCAACAGCAACUGGAAUAUACACAUGAGGGCUACAGUGAAGACCUAGUGCACAUAGCCAACUACAGUCACAAAGAACUGGGAGGUUUUCAUGAACAUUGGCUGUCUGACUAUAAAAACAUUUUAGUUGAACUCAACAUCAGCAACAACAAUAUUAGACGACUGCCAGCUGCAAUCCCUUGGUCGUUACCCUCCCUCAAAAUAUUUAAUGCCUCCUUUAACAAAAUUACUGCUUUCAAAGUGGAAAGUCCCUCUGCAAUACAGUGCUCUCAUUUAGAAAAUGUCCUCCUGCAGGAAAAUUUGUUAGAAGAACUGUGUUAUGAACUUUUUCAACUACCUGAACUGAAGUAUUUGAAUGUAGCGCACAAUAGAAUGAAGUAUUUGGUGAAAUCACACCAGAGAUAUGACGACUGGAAAAAGCUGACAGCAGAUACUGAGAAACCUGAGUGGUCCUGUACAAAAUUACGCUGCCUGAAUGCUUCGUAUAACAAAUUAGAAAUGUUGCCGACAGAAAUCAGCAGCUGUACCGGACUGGUAGAACUGGACGCCAGUAACAAUAAACUGGUGGCCUUUCCGUCACCAUGGGAAUGUAAACUGUCCACAUUAAACCUUUCUCAUAAUGAAAUAUUCCGGUUUGCCCCGAGUGUGGAGCUAUUCUGGUGUGCAACUUUAAAAAAGCUGCAUCUUGACUUCAACUUAUUAGAGGAAAUGACAGAAAGCAUGGUCAAAUUAUGUUGUCUACAGGUGUUAAAUUUAUCUAACAACAAAAUCAGUGUCCUGCACAGGCCGGAGGUAUGGGACUGUAAAAUGUUACAGAUACUGGACCUCAGUGGCAACAGGCUGGGGCUCCCUACAGGGGAUUCACCCAUUCCCAGUCAAAAGACCAAAAUACAUGUACUGCCAAAAAGAUUGAGUCGAACUUCUACAAGUGCUGAAAAUGAUUCUGCAAAAAUUGUAUUCCCAUCAUUUUUGGCUCACUGUCUGAACGAGUUAAAUCUGAGUGAUAAUUGCUUGGAUUGUGUUCCUCCAUCUGUCUGUGAACUAGUAUCACUGCAAACUUUAGAUAUAUCAAGAAAUCCAUCCAUAAAAGUACUACCAAAAGAACUUGGGCAAUUAAGUCAGUGUAAUAGCCUGAAUGUCCAUGGUACAGGGAUCGCUGGGGAUGAACCAGCAUCCCCUGUUGAUUGUCACAUAUGGACAAAAAAAAUGAUUCAGAGUCUGAAUGAAAAACUUCGACAGAGCAAAGGGUACUACAGAAUAAAGCUGGUUGUCAUCGGCAAAAAGGAUAAAGGGAAAACAGCCAUUACAAACCUACUGGGCUGUAAAGCCAAUAUCGAGUUCCAUGGUACUGGACUUCGGAGGGUAGAGACCAUUCUGUCUCCCAAGAAGAAGGGGAGUAGUAUUCUGAGUAAACUGCCACACCAUCAUAAACACAGAAUUCGGACAGAGAGGGACCACUCUAAGAAGGUACCUGUAGAACUGUGUGUUUGGGAUUUGGCAGGAGACGAGUGCUACAAGGCUACACAACACUGCUUCUUCACUCCUAACUCCCUGUACCUUGUGGUCUGGGAUCUCUGGUCUCUGGCUAAAGACAUGGACAAAAUAGGAAAACUUCUCUACAGUAUAGAGGCAAGAAAUCCAAACUCAAAAGUGAUCAUUGCGGCCACUUUUCUUGACAAGAAUAACAGCCCAAACAGAGUCAAUGAGGUGACAGAGAUCAAGGAGAAGCUGCUGGAGGCGUUUGGAAGUUCCUCAGAAAGAUGUGGGGGACUCUGCUCCCAGCUGGAGGAUUACAAUAUCAUCCCCAUGUCUUGUACCACAGGAGAAGGUGUGGCUGAGUUAAGAGAUGCACUGUACAAUGCAGCCUUCACUAUGAAGGAGGGAGGGAAAUCUGGAGGGAGGUACCUGAUGGGGAGGAGCAUUCCAAACAGCUAUAUACAGGUAGAGAGGGAGGUGUACAAAGAGCUCGAGAACCGAGUCAGAGAUGAGAAACCCACCUUCCUUGUCCAGAAUGAGCUAUAUGAACUCAUUGAGAAAAUCCCUGGCUGUGAUAUAGAGAUUCCUCAAGAAGUAUCAGAGGUUGUGAAAUUCCUGGUCACUUCAGGAGCAAUGUUACAUUUCAAUGAACAGCUUCAAGGACUGAACAACUUCUAUUAUCUGGACCCGACCUGGUUGUGUGAUGUUUUGUCACAGGUUCUAAUGGACUCUGCAUUGGUUCGCUCUAUGAAGGGAGGAAAGAUCCCCUUGUCUACAGUGCAGGACAUGUAUCUAAACGAUUCCAGAUUUCCUAAUGAGAACGUUCCUCAAUACAUACAACUGCUGGAACAAUUUGAAAUUGCUCUCAAAGUGGAAUCAGAUAAAAAGUUAUUUAUUCCUUCUCAUCUUCACCCUAACCCUGGUAUGGACCUCCAAUUUCAUGGCCGGGACGGAAAGCGAGUGUUCCGACUGUAUCAGCUGGCCUUCAUCCCUAACGGACUGUGGAGUAGGUUGUUGUCUAGGAUCAUGUGUAGGAUCGAACUCCUGGCCAAUGAUUGGGUCCUCAGGUCCUCAGUCAGAAUGAAACCUGGGAAAUCCUUCUACAGAUUCAAUCCAAAAUCUAGUCUCACUGGGGGCAAAGGCUUGAAGAUAAGCAAUAAGGACAUGAUAUACUGGGAGGAUGGGAUGUUUCUGAGACAUGAGAAGGGGCACUUUAUGCUGGAAUCCAUCCAGUUGACCCAGAAGGAGGGGUACAUAACUCAUGGUAUCCUCAUCACUGUCCAGUCUGUAGAAGAGGACUACUCUAUAAUGGGGAUGAUUGUAGAUGCUGUGGAGGAUCUCCUCAGUGAUCAUUACCCAGGUUUGAUGGACUAUGAUAUGAUGGGGAGACCAAGAAUACAGAGAUUUGCCGUCUGCCCUAUUUGUUACAACAUCACCUCCACUGUCCUCCCAUCUCACCUUGACCACUUCACAGUGGAGCACUGUGCCAGACUCCUUCUGUCUGGGGACAGUGCUGUUUGUAGGAGGGGAUCCAAGGUCCCUCUCAGUCAACUGGUCCCAGAGCUACUGAUGCAGGAACUACCAAAAAAAUUCCUGCUUGAUCCAGAUAAACUCCAGGUGGAUCCAUCCAAUAAAAAGGCUUAUCUAGGGUCAGGGGUCACUGGUUCAGUUUUCAAGGGAAAAUAUGGAGAUGUGGAAGUAGCUGUGAAGUAUUAUCAUGGAGCACCAACAAUGUCUGGGAAACACUCUCUAGACAGCAGUUAUUACUCUGGGGGUAACAUUUCUAGUGUGGAGAGGAACAAACCAGUAAAGACUGAUGAGGAUGAUGAUAAUGAUGAGGAAGAGGACUAUGUGAAUGCUUUACAGAUGCAUUUAGACAAAGAUGAAGUUAGCAGCAUUAAGGCAUUCCGGGCAUUUAUGGAAAUGAGACAAGAAGCUGAUGUCACUAGCAAGUUGGACUAUCCUUGCAUUGUCUCAUUGAUUGGCAUUUCCAUCCGACCAGAUUUAUUGAUGUGUCUGGAGUUAGCUCCCCUUGGCAGUCUGAGGAGGGUGCUGGAUAAGGAGAUUGAGGGGAGAGAACCCUUCAACAAAUACAGGGAUAAGGACAAGGUCUUCUGGCCUGUGUUCAACAAGGAAACAAACUUCAAACUUGUUCAUCAGAUUGUUCGUGGCCUGGAUUAUUUACAUAAACAUGACAUCAUCUACCGAGAUCUAAAGUCUGACAACAUCCUGGUCACAAGUCUAGACCCAGAGGCACCAGAAAAUGUUAAACUGUCUGAUUAUGGAAUUUCAAAGUUCAACACAUCUGGAGGGACAGUUGGAUUAGUAGGAACUCCAGGUUAUCAGGCUCCGGAGAUCAUGGAUGGCCUGGCUUAUGAUGAGAAGGUGGAUUUGUUCUCCUUUUCAAUGGUUUUGUACGAGAUACUAUCUGGAGAGAGGCCAUAUUGUGAAUAUAAAAAUAUGGCACAGAUAUCAAGAGCCAUGAAAAUUGAGGCCAAAAGACCAAACCUACAGGACUUUAACAUAGACCCCCGUUUUCCAAUGAUGGAGCGUCUGAUGCAGCUAUGUUGGAACCAAGAUGCCACUAAACGCCCGAGUGCCAGGGACAUCCUUACCACUAACUAUAUGAUGUCAGCAGAUUUCCUGGCUCAACACAAACACUUCCCCCGGGAACUGGAAGAAGUGGACCAUGUUACUUCUAUAACAGAGCACGGUGAUGUGAAACAACAAGUGUGGAUAUGGGAGGGAAGUGGAGACGACCGCUGCUACCACAUCCUGGAUGCCACCAUGUGUGUUUAUCAGGCCUACAGGAAGCCCCUGCCUGGUGCCUCAGUAACAUGUAUGGAGAAGAUUGGCAAACAGAUUUGGAUUGGAACUGAGGAUGAACAGAUAGAAGUUUUUGGACAGCAGGGAGUUGGACAUCCAUCAUCUUUAAAGAAAAUUGACAACUUGGGGGCCACUCCUACAUGUAUAGAGUAUGUCAAGGAACCUGAUUCAAGCAUCAAGAGAGUAUAUAUCUUAUUAGGAGAUGGUCAGCUUAAACUGUAUCACAAUAUGAAGAAACCUGAGGUGAUUGAAGGAGAGGAGGUGAACAUGAGGCACCAGUUUAACUGGCACCUCAAGAAGACCCUGAGGUUGUCCAAGAGGACUGCCUCAUGUAUGGCUUAUGUAGAGGAGACUGAAGAAAUGUGGUGUGGUUGUGGAAGUGAAAUUGUGAUAGUGAGCAGCAGGACUGAGAUGAUAGAGAGAAGAAUUGAGAUAAACAAAGACUGCCAAGCCUUACUAGAAAAUAAAUUACCUGAUGUCGCAAAGCUUGUUCACAUGGACUUCAGAAUAUGGGCUCUUCUUGCCAACAGUAGUGAGAUUCUUGAAUUCGAUACAGAAAUGGGCAUUUUGACACACAUUCUUAAAUGUGAUCAGAUUAAUCCACACCGAAUGGUUGUUUCUAAAUACAUUUCUGGUGGUACGAUCAAUGUACAAGCCAGGCCAAUAUCCCGAAGAAUGUCUGAUUCUUCUUGUUCCGGUGACAAUAUCUCGUCAGGGGAGUUUGAUAAAUGGUUUGAUGAUGACUUGGCUAAACAAUCUGGUGAUGAUAAUGGCCCACCCCCUCCAGUUCCUGAAAGGAGCUAUUCAAUCAGUUCCCCCCGCCGUCAAGCCUUUUCCCCACCCUUGCCUCCAAGGCGCCCAACCAGUUGUAACAGGUCUAAAACCCUCCCUACCAGGACCAGUCCAACCUCCCAGAGUCCACCCCCACAAAGUCCGGUUGCCUCCAGAAGUCGGCACCCCCUUGUCAAUUCAGUGGUGGGUGUGGGAGACUCUUUAUGGGUGGGCAGAUCCAGUGGUGACAUCUUAAUCAUCAACGUCAAAUCAACAUCUCAGACUCAGCAUGGUUGUGUGAUGGCUGUAAUGCACAGUCACUGUGAUAAACCACACAUAGCCCAUGAAGUGGAGAAACUUGUCACUGUGGGGGACCUGAUAUUUUCUGUCAUAAAAGCUGACUCUAAAUAUUCCGAAGUAACAGCUUGGGAGGCAUAUGAUGCAUCAAAAAUUCAGAAACUUGAAAAAAUAUGGGCACGUCCAAAGAGUCUUGUGUACACCAUGAAUACAGAUGAUGUAGUAGAAAUUGGAGAAAUUUAAAUAAGAAAUGACUUUUUUAAUCGGCCAAGUGCAAUGUGUGAAACUGUCUUUUCUAACGAAACAUUUAUAGUGCAAUAAUUGUACCAUAUAUGCUAAGCAUUACUGUUAUUUUUUUAUCAAAAACGUUUAUUCAUGACUGUUGAUUAUGUAGUUUAACUAUUUUGAAACAUUUUUAACCACAUAGUGCAUUAGUUAUUUUGACUGUUUUUAUAUUGUAUCUUAUUCAAUAAUCAUCACAGAUAAAACUGAUAUUAAUCUUGAACCAACAUCAAUCGCUCAUAUUAAAUGGU